CGGGCGCCGGGCCGCUUCGGGGAGAGACGCGCUGCUUCAGGGGAGGAACGUGGGCGAGGCGGCGCGAGAGGCCCAGGCCAGGAGGAGGAGGAGGCAGCCCGGCCUUUCCCUUCGGAGGAGCCGCCUCCGCGCUCCGAAGAGCAAGGCCCCUCCCGCGCCGGCAGCCCCGCGAAGCCCUCGGGCCCUUCGGGGUGGCCGCCGGCAGAGCCCAAGAGCGCUUGCUAGGAUGGAUUCCCCGCCCUUCACCCGAAGGUCGCAGCUUUAAAGCCAAGUACUGUAAGCAGCGCGCGCACGCUCACGCUCACGACACACACAGUAUUAUUAUUAUUAUUAUUAUUAUUAUUAUUAUUAUUAUUAUUAGCUUUUUCUCGCCAAAGGCAACUCAGAGCAACUUGCCACCAAGUAGAAAACCCAAAUAAACAAAACCCCACGUAAAUAAAUGCAUCUUAGAAGCCCAUUGAAAUAAUACAUUAAAUGCGCACCCGUUCUCGCGGACACAAAACCCCACACGUUAAGUAAAUAGAAACCUCGCCACCCUACUCACCACUCCACCUCUUCCCCCCCCCCCCUUUUCUUCCUAAUGUAACACUAAUGUCUCAACAAAUGAAACUGAUCUGUAGAAAAUGUAACUUGAAAAAAGAGACAUUGCACGAACUUUUGUAAACCAAUAAAUCUUUAAUAGAAAUACAUUAAGAUAAAAAAUAAAAGCACACCCAUUCUAAGAAGCAGAUGCAACCUGCUUAGUGGGAGGCAUUAAUGCGUAAGCAACUGCCCAGGCCCCCCUGUCAGUACAGAGCAAGCAGUUGCCAGGAUUGCAAAGGAAACCCUCCCUACCCCUGGCAGGUCCUCUCAGGUUAACACUGGUCUGGCAUUCCUGAGGAGGCAUCUCACUUCCCUCUCUCUUGACCUUGCCCCCUCCCCAAAGUCACCAUGAGAUAAGAAGUUUAAUUUAUUUGUUUGAAUGAGUUCCGUGCCACUUUUUCAAACAGUCACAGCAGCUGAGGCAAUGCAACAAACAUUCAAUGAGCCACAACAGUCACCAUAAAAAACUAACCAUCCUGAAAACAUAAUUUACUUGGGGAUGGAGUAAACAUAAUUUACUUGGGGCUCCUGGGGAAGCUUGUUGCUUCCAUUUGAUUCUGCCAUAAGACCUAAUUGUGUGUUUCCUGUGAACUCUGAUCUCCCAGGUCCUUGUCCGGUGCUGUUAACCAUUACAUCACAGGGCUGUACUGUAUUUAGUGUUAUUGCUUUACCUUGUUGAGUAGUUUUGGUCUGUUAACUCUCAGGAUUUGUUUGAAUAUAUUUUAUUGUUAAUACUCUAUUGAUAUUCUGAUUUUUUCUGAUUACUGCUCUGGAAUCCAUAUUUGAAUAAAGGUAUGGUUUUGAUUCUUUCAAAGUAGUAAGGAGAAAAGGGAGGUGAGAUGUGUGUAAUAGUGUCUUCACCACUUUUCACAGGAUUUCUUGACCCUGGACUCUUAGCAGUUGGACUUUACAGCAGCCCAAAAAUAAGAUCAAGUCAAGACUAGUCCUAAUAUUGCUGCAGCCGUCUGAACUGCUGUGACGAGACCCCAAAAGACUCAGCCGUCUUGCAGGAAGCAAAGUCCCUAUGGUGAUAUUUUCCAUCUGCUGGUGUUUUCUUUGCAAAAUGCAAAGCACAUGGUGUUUUGACCCAGUUUUAGAGCAACGCUAAUAAUAAACUGCCGUGAGCCUGCCUCCUUUGUGUUAUUAAGAGGACCUAGAAGCUACUGAAAGGUUUUGGGUAGUAGCUGGCUUAAUUGGGAGUGCUGGAUUCUACUUGGGCAGGGGUAAUCCCUGGUGAUUCUUAAGAAAGGUGUGCAACCUUAGGGCUGCUGUCGUCCUGCUGCUUGGAGGCAGUUUGGGCAAGGAAGGGAGAGUCUGCUUGACAUUGCACUAGUUCUGGCCCCUCUGGCUGUUGGCCUCUUCUGGAAGGUAAGCUGGCAGUUUGUGCCUCUCUGCUUCCUGCUGCUUUGAGUCCGGGUAGUCUUCCUGCUUCCCAGACAAAGGUUUUAGCCAGAAUUCCUGCUGUAGCAGAGGAAGUAAUCUGACAGGUGGGUACCAGGGCCACCUCCUUCAGCUCAGCUGAGAAGUCAGCUGUGUUCUGCACUUUACCUGCCUGAACUAUUUCCUUCCGUUAAAGUCUGUCAUUUUAAGAACUCUUAGCUUUAACAGCUGGUGACGGGGUUUUGCUUUUGCGUUUCCCUCCUCAUCUCUUUUUCCUUCUGUGUGGUGUUUUCAGGUUGUAAGUCUGUAGGCUGGGACUGUCUUUGUUUUUAGUCUGUGCACUACAUUUUGGAAUUGUUAGGCAAUUAAUAAAUAUGGAGAAGAAGAAGAAGAAGAAGAAGAAGAAGAAGAAGAAGAAGAAGAAGAAGAAGAAGAAGAAGAAGAAGAAGAAGAAGAAGAAGAAGAAGAAGAAGAAGAAGAAGAAGAAGAAGAAGAAGAAGAAGAAGAAGUAGUCCUGUGGCCCUUAAAAAAGGCAAAUGUUAUCAAAUUGGACUGUCCAUCCCAAGGCUAGAUCUUCCACUCAUCAACUCCCCUCCCUACUUACUAAUUUGAGCAGGAGGAGGGUUUGAGCCAUAUGUUCCUCUCAAACCAUAUUACUGAUGCCUGUCAGUCUGAUUUACUUCUGCCAUGGAGUGUGAUCCUGUGCAUGAAAGUAGCCCCACUAAAGACAUAUAAGAGAACUAUAUUUUCUGACCCUCCGCAUGUUUACUUCGAAGUAAGUUCUGCUGAGUCCCAUGGACUGCAAGAGGAUCAAACCUCUCCAUUCUGAAGGAAAUCAGCCCUGAGUGCUCCCUGGAAGGACAGAUCGUGAAGCUGAGGCUCCAAUACUUUGGCCACCUCAUGAGAAGAGAAGACUCCCUGGAAAAGACCCUGAUGUUGGGAAAGAUUGAGGGCACUAGGAGAAGGGGACGACAGAGGACGAGAUGGUUGGACAGUGUUCUCGAAGCUACGAACAUGAGUUUGACCAAACUGCAGGAGGCAGUGGAAGACAGGAGUGCCUGGCGUGCUCUGGUCCAUGGGGUCACGAAGAGUCGGACACGACUAAACGACUAAACAACAACAAGUUCUGCUGAAUUCAUUACACAAAAUUGUUGCUUGGAUUACAUUUACACUGGUAGAGGGCUUUAGAUUAAAAUAAAUUGGUAACAGAUGGUGCAGCAGUUGAGUUAACAUCAGAGAUGUUCCUGGAACUGAAUAAAGAUUAGCAGCACUGACAUUUCCCUUCUUGUGUCUGUGUAGAGCUGGCAGUAGUAGCAUUUCCCUAGGCAGACUGGGCCUUUUGAAUUUCCCAGUCAGGGUCAUUGGAUUUGGCUUGUCGGCAGCAGGUAAACAUACACCUGGCAAAGAGAGAAUGCUUUGCUCUUCCUGUUUGGUGUUGGGAACAUCUAGGUUGCCUUUGGUGUACACAGUGCAUUACAAUGCUUAUAUGUAGCAGCGAGAUACCCACCCACCUCCAAUUUAGCCCCAACAGAAGCUUUCAUUUUAUCAUGUGAAGAAUGUGUACACACAGACCUGUCCUUUGUACCUUGUUCGUUGCUCAGGCAGACAUUUUUUUUUUUAAGUGAUCUAAUCAUGUUCCUCUCCAAGUUUGGGGAACUCCCAUCAUUCCUGGCCAUUUGCCAUGCUUUCUGGGGCUAAUGGAAGUUGUAGUUCAGCACCAUCUGGAAGGUCAAAGGUUCCCGGCACCUGCUCUAUUCAAACCAAGCAAACUUGUUUGCUUUUCAGUUUAAUUUCCUGGAGUGUUAAAAGGAAGAUAUCUAGCUCUCCCAAAAGCCGAACGUUUAUGUAAAUGCGGGAAGAAUGAACCUGAUACAUUGGGCCACAUUUUCUUUUCCUGCAAUUAUGGUAUUAAUGCGAGAAGGCGAUUGCUGGGUGCUUUGCAGGUGGAUGCAUCGAUCGCUGCAUUGCCAACUAUUCAGGGGUUACUGUCGGAUAAUAAUGAUGGAGUUACUUUAGUGGUGGCUGAGUUUUUGUGCUCGGUUUAUGCAGAGAGAUUGGGCCACUGUGGAGAGGACCAGGGGAUCCUAAUUGAAAAUUGAUAUAUCGUUUUAAAAUAUUAAUUUAAUUAAUAUGUAUUUUAUUUCAUGAAGUCUAUAAAGUGAAUGUUUUAUCCUUAUUUUGUUCUGAAGCUCUUGAAUUUGUUAUUGAUUGAUUGAAUUUCCUGGAGUGCAUCAUUUGUCAAAGCUCUCCAGCUCAUAGGAAGUGAAUAGGAAGCAGACAGCUCAAGACCAGUUGCAGGCCUCCUUCAGCUGGGGGGGGAGGGGUGGAGGCGGACAUUGCAAAAUGGGCUUAGAUCUAUAGCAUUAGGAUGUCGGAGGUCUUUGCAGAGGUAGGAUAAAUUUUCAGAUGCUUAUUGAAUAUCUUUUUAUGCUGACAGUUUGAAUAUUUUCAAAGCGAGCCAGUCAUUUUGAUGAUUAUUUUAUAUUACAGUGGACCCUCUGGAUACGAAUGUAAUUUGUUCCAGGGGUCCGUACGCACCCUGAAAAUUCCGUAAGGAGAGGUGCUGCUUUUGCGCAUGCGCACGCAGCAAAACCCGGGUUUGCUGCGUUCACAACCUGAAAGUUACGUUACCUUUGGUAAUGUAUUUUCCACUGUAUUUUUAUAGAAUGUGAUCAUAGAAUUGUAGAAUUGUUGAGGUGGAAGGGACUCCCAAGAGUCAGCCAGUCCAACCCCCUGCUAUGCAGGAAUCUCAGCUAAAGCAUCCAUGACAGUUUUCUUUCUUUUCUUUUUCAGGUGUGAAUGACAGAGGAGGUGCCUCCAACUGCACUUAGUGAGAUCUACCUUCGUCUUCUCUGCCAUGAUGACAUAGACACAGUCAAGCAGCUCUGCGGUGAUUGGUUCCCAAUAGAGUACCCUGACUCAUGGUAUCGGGACAUCACCUCCAACAAGAAGUUUUUUUCCCUGGCAGCCACUUACCGAGGCUCUAUUGUGGGAAUGAUAGUAGCUGAGAUCAAGAGUCGAACAAAAGUGCACAAAGAGGAUGGUGACAUUUUAGCUUCCAGUUUCCCGGUGGAUACUCAGGUUGCUUACAUUUUAAGCUUAGGAGUGGUAAAAGAAUUUCGAAAGCAUGGCAUAGGUUCUCUCUUACUUGAAAGCUUGAAAGAUCACAUAUCAACGACUGCCCAGGACCACUGCAAAGCCAUCUACCUGCAUGUCCUCACCACUAACAACACUGCUAUAAACUUCUAUGAAAACAGAGACUUUAAGCAGCACCAUUACCUGCCCUACUAUUACUCCAUAAGAGGCGUCCUCAAAGAUGGCUUCACUUACGUUCUGUACAUCAACGGUGGGCACCCUCCGUGGACAAUCUUAUAUCCUUUGCUGGUGGUCUGGCAAGCUGCGGGAUGCUGCUCAUCUGGUCUGUGGUGUUUUGAGAAGCCAUGCACCGCGUUGCAUGAGCAGAGGUCAGGGACUGGUGCUUGGCAGCUCAGGGCACCGCGAGAGCCCCUUCCUCCUACCCAGAGCCAGGCUGGCACUGCUAGGGGGGGUCUGGCCACUGCUGCAACCAAGUGCAACUCUCUUAACAUAGACAUUGUACCUGGGACAAAAUGUCCAGUGCAAUGCAAGAUGCUGUAUAUUGAAAGAAGUUAAAUUGCUGCGUAUUUGCUUCCUCUCCUGGCCCUUGCACCACUUCCAGAAUAGACUUCAUUCUCAUAUUUUGAUAAUUUGCAGGGGAAAGAAUUCCUACCCUUGUGGAGCUGCCACCUUUCUGUGUCUAGUGUCAAGUAAUAAUUGCCUGGUGUGCUCAUGUUUUGCCUUGUAAGACUGUGGUUAUGGAUUGCCUCUUAGUGGGGCCCAAGUCUCUUGGCCUUGAGAGGCACAAAAUCUAAAUUAUAAUCACAUUGCACCUUACAUGGAUAUAUUUAUGCUGCUCCCAUGAGGCACCCUGAGCAACCCCAGUGUCCUGGGGUGGGGACCCAGAGCACAUUAGAGUUUGCAGGCGAUGGACCCUCUCUCCAUGGGAAGCAAUAUUUCCCAAAGCACUUGGCCUGCCGCCCAAGUGUCUUGCUCUAAGAUGCAAAUUAGAGCUUGCUCAUAGUGGUGCUCUGUGGGCUUGGGUCUGCCGUGCCACUGAGCUGACACCCGCAGUGCUGUCCAGCCGCUUGUGUGCUCGUUCCCUCUUCGAAAAAUGGAAUGCUGAGAGUCGUCCCAGAGAGAGCAGCAGCGAUGGCACUUGCUUCUUCUUCUUCUUCCUCUUUGGCUUGGCCAUUUCAGCUGUCUCAGUCUUCAUUGUUGGGGCUCCUUAACGGCA